UGCCAAUUUUGUCGUUACCGUUCCCUACUUUUUAGGCCCCUUUGUUUUGGACUACAGAAAAUUCAUAAUUGAUGUGAUUGUUGGUCUGGUUGUCUUGAACAGAGUCGAAAUGAAUCACUUACUUGAACAGAAACGCCAACAAGUCCCUUAUGGGGAUGUGUGGAAUAAGCCUUUUAUUUAUCUUGGACUAACUUAUUGCAAUGCUCAUUUAAAUAAAUCCUUUUCGAAAAACCUAAUUUUAGCAUUGCACAUUCUGUCUGAUAAACUUCAAAAUAACCUCUAUGUCGGAGACCCAUUAUUUGACAUUUAUCAAGGAACAUCAGAAGUACUAAUGAAAUCAAAUGGAGAUGUUAGAUCUAUUGUAGAUGAAGGUCAAAGAAGAGCAGUAGAAAAACUAAAUGAAUAUGUCAUCAACAUAGAGGAGGGUAAAAAACAUGUACAAUGUCUUGGUGAAUUGGAUCAUCAAGAUAAAGAAACUAUUCAAACAGUUUUAGCAUGUCAUCUUUUUGCUCCUCUGUUAUCUGAUGGUAAAGCAUUUGUUGAUCAUACAAAUGGGAACUUCAAGGUCACUUCUCAGGAAGCUACUAAUGGUGAUAAUGAUAUUUCCAGAUCUAGGACAGAAAGCAGUGUAUUAGAGGUUAAUUGUCCAUUCUGUAAACAGACUAGCAUAAAAGCAGACAACACUAAUUUUGGAUGUGAAGAUUUGUGGCAUGGAACAGCAGACAUUGUCAUUGAAGGAAAUAAUGGUUCUUUUCGGGAAAUAGUUAAAAUUAUAACUGAAGAUGUUGAAGAAGAUGAAGAUGGACCAGAAUCAAAAAGAUCAAAAUUGAUGGAAGAAGAUAAUCUUGAAGACAUAAAACCUGAAAUUGACAAUUCAGUGACCACUGACCUUCUUGAGACUAAUAUAUAUGUACAAGUAAUAAGUCAGACAAUUUUAAAUUCAUUUUUGACAGUGAAACUGAACAAAGACUGUAGAAAUUGUUUUAUCCCAUCUUUUUUUGUAUCUUCAAAAAAUCUGUAUAUAAAUUUUUAUAACGUUGAAAAAGAUAUACUACUUGUUCAGGAUCAACCAAUGACAAUCUUUGAUAAAAAUGGGCAUGUAGACUAUUGGGCAAUUCUAUCUGUGUGGAUGGCUCUUAAUUUUGAAAAAUUUCCAUGCAAGUUUCAUGGAGAUGAUUCUAAAAAGUCUGGUUUCCAAAAUUGGCUGCAAAAACAUGGUGUUCUUCAAAAAUAUAAAAGUGAUAUAACGAGUAAAUUAACUUCUACAAAGAAGCCAAGACAUGAAACAAGUAAUAGCAUUGUGAAUCCUAUGAGAGUUGCUGAACUUUUCUUGAAAUUAAUUCAGGAUGAAAAUAUUGAAAACAAGUGAGGAAUAAAAUCAAAAAACAGACUCAAUUUUAUUAUGGUGAUAUUUUGCUUUAAAUUGCUACAGCAGUCCACAGUUAUUUUGACAGGCCUGUAAAAUUAGUAUGGUCACAAAUAACCAACUUGGAAGGCUUGACAAAAUUAUAUAUCUUUGUGCGGAACAUCAAUAUUGUAAUAAAAUACAGAUCUCAAAGAACAUUU